AUGGAGCUAGGCCCCAAGGAAGAGGCAGCCCUGAGGGCAGAAGCUGAACGUCUUCGACGGAUGGCUGUCAUUGGUGUUGCACUUUCAAUCGGCGCCGCUAUCGUUUGUGUGAUGACUGUUCCUUUCGUGUACAACUAUGUCCAACGGGUCGAGACUGUGUUACAAAAUGAGGCAGAUUUUUGCAGGGCGAAGCGUGAUUCUGUAAUCAAGGAGUUGACAAGAACACAAAAACGAGCAGGAUUAACACUUCGGCUGAAAAGAGAAGAUACCUACAGUGGAUAUUCUGCAAGUUAUGGAACUUAUGAAUCAGUCCCCUUGAUGCAAUACAAAAGUCCUGAAGUCACAGAACACAAAGAGGAACGAGUUGUGGAGAAAAAAGAAGAUAAUUACCAACAAUGCUGUGGGUGUGGAUUCGGUGCCCCAGGAGAAGCCGGAGCUCCAGGACAAGAUGGUCAUGACGGAGCUGAUGGAAGGCCUGGUUCAGAUGGAAAUCCUGGAGCUGAUAUGCACCUUGAUGACACUUACAAUAUGGCAGAUCAGUUCUGUUUCGAAUGUCUUCCAGCGCCUGCAGGGCCUCCUGGACCACCAGGACUCAAGGGUAUGCCAGGAAUUCCUGGAAACAAGGGAGAGGAUGCUGGACCAGGAAGACCGGGAAUGUCGGGACCAAGUGGGCCACCAGGACCAAGGGGACCACCCGGAGAAACAGGAGAUGAAGGAGAAGGAGGACCGGAUGGAAUCCCAAUGGAACAAAAGUCUCCACCAGGACCGAGAGGGCCACCAGGACCAGCUGGACCAGAGGGACCACAAGGACCUGAAGGUCGACCAGGGAGACAAGGACCACAAGGACCAACAGGACAAGAAGGAGAAGAAGGAAUCAUUGGAGAACCAGGAAAAGCUGGUGAGCCAGGAAAGCCUGGCGCUGCUGGAGCGCGUGGACCUGCCGGACCAUGCAACCAUUGUCCAAAUCCAAGAACUGCCCCCGGAUACUAA